AUUCCUAUCAUCAUCUUUCUCCUCUUCUUCCUCCCAUGAGAGAAUGGGAGUAGCCUUUCAGUGCAUGCAACCUCGUCUCCUAGCUCUGCUCCAUCUUUGAUUUUCUGCUCGAUUUGAGCGGUGCCGGAGAGAAAUAGAGUUGAGAGAUGUGUGACUACUUCCUGCAAAGGAUGGACGACGACCACGGCGGUUACCUGGCGGACAUCGUCCACACCGGCGGCCAUUUCUCGUGCGACGGCGACCUCGAUCCCCUCCUCGACGACUCCAGCUGGCAGCUCGACGAUCAUCUUCUCUCGGUCUCCGCCAACGGCGACUGCGGUGACCCCUUCGCCGUCCCCCUGGUGAACCCCUUCUCCCACUUCGGAGGCGCCGACCACGACGGAGAAGACGGAACGUCACAGCUUCCACCACCACCGCCACCGCGGAAGGCUGCGGAGCAGGAUUUCGUCAAGGCAAGCACUGCUGCUGCUAGUUGCAGCAUAUUACCGAAGGUGCACCAGAUCUCGCCGCUGCUGACCAGUCCGGCGCCGGCAGAGGCUGAGGAGAUGAUGAUGAUGAAGGCAAUCAGCGCCGGCUGUCCGAUGGCCGGUGGCGCAGGGGAUCACUACGGCGGGGUGCAGAUCCCCCCUCACAUGGCUACUCCGGGGAUCAAACGAAGAAAAAGCCAGGCGAGGAAGGUGGUGUACAUUCCUGCUCCGGCGGCGGCCAGCAACAGGCCGAGCGGGGAGGUUGUUCCAUCGGAUCGAUGGGCAUGGAGGAAGUACGGCCAGAAACCGAUCAAGGGUUCCCCUUAUCCAAGGGGAUACUACAGAUGCAGCAGCUCCAAAGGCUGCUCCGCCCGGAAACAGGUGGAGCGCAGCCGCACCGACCCUAACAUGCUCGUCAUCACCUACACCUCCGAGCACAACCACCCCUGGCCCACCCAGCGCAACGCCCUCGCCGGUUCCGUCCGCUCCCACUCUUCCAAAUCCACCACCAACAGUACCAAAUCGCCGACCUCCGCCGCCUCCGCCAAUGAUUCAAUCAACCCCGACGGGGAGCCUCUGCCGAACUCCACCACCUCUCCCCCAGUCAACGAGCCCGGCGGCGCUCACUACAAGCCGAUGAUUCCCGGAUCCGACGGCCAGGCCGAGGACUUCUUCUCCGACCUUGCCGAGCUCGAGUCCGACCCGAUGAGUCUCAUCUUCUCCAAAGGGUUCGCGGACGGCAAAUUAGCCGACGAGGCCGCGGUGGAUCCCUUGCUCUCCAUGUUUGACUGGGCUGAGAGCUCGUCGUGAAGCCAGCCAAAUUGGGAGAGGUUUAUAACGAGACCUCGGAGCAGCAAAACAGCUUGAUUAAUUGUUCGUCAUGUUUGUCCACUGCACAUUGAUUGAGUUCUUGUUCAAGGUCUAGCUAUAAACCUUCUUAAUUUGAAUUCACAAAAGUUGU